AUGGAUGCGACUAAGAAAACUACCAAUCCUGUUUCUUUUGCUAAGGUUGUUCAGAAUCAUAAGGAGGUGCCAAAAGUCAACUUUAGAUCGAUGGAAACAGUGGAUACUUUGGAUGGAGCUGAUGUUAUUAUUCCGUUAUCGUCGGUGAAGGAGGUAAAUGAUAGGUUUGCCAACACACUUUAUGGUUAUUUCCUAGGGAAGAGGCUUGCGUUUCCUGUCGUUGAUUACUUUGUCAAAAACACUUGGGCUAAAUACGGAUUGACAAAGAUGAUGAUGAACUCAAAUGGUUUUUUCUUUUUCAAGUUUAAAACGAAAAGGGGUCUUGAACAACUAAUGGAGGAUGGUCCAUGGCUGAUUCGUAAUGUGCCUAUAAUUCUAAAUGAAUGGUCUCCGUCAAGCGUGAUGGUUAAAGAGGAUAUCACAGCGAUACCGGUGUGGGUAAAAAUGCAUAAUGUUCCACUAUCGGCAUUUACUGAGGAUGGUUUGAGCUUGUUAGCAACUAAGAUAGGGGUUCCUAAAAUGCUUGACUCGUUUACUACGACAAUGUGUGCGGAAUCAUGGGGACGGAGUAGUUUUGCUAGGGCUUUGAUCGAGGUCAAUGCUACAAGGGAUUUGGUCAGGAUGAUUAAAGUUGCGGUUCCUUCUUUGGAUGGUGUUGGGCAUUCUAUUGCUGAGGUUAAUAUUGAAUAUGACUGGGAACCCUUAAGGUGUUCGGGAUGUGGUGUGUUUGGCCAUGAUGAUAGCUCGUGUCCUAAAAAACCAAAAACUCAUGUGCCUGACAAUACAAAAAAGAUGUCGGAUGAAUACCCGGAUGCUAAUUCCAAAGGAAAAAAUAAAAAACCUGCCCAGCAAGGAUUCCAUGUUAAAAACCAGAAACCUAAGCUUGUGUAUCGGCCAGUAGUGAAUGCUAAGUCCACUGGAGAAACUUCAUCAUCAUCUAGUGCUAAUGUGGUGGAUGGAGUGGAGAUUGACGACCUUUUAGGUGAAAUACCAAAGUUCAUGGAUGCAAAGCUGGACAAAAGUAAACCUGAGGGUGCAAGCACACCCGGUCAAGAAGGUUUAAAUGGGUAG